UUGGGGCGGAGGAGCCAGAAAUACGUGUGGUUCAGGUCAUGGGGAACAGAGUCAAGAACUGGAAGAUAAUUUCUUAAUCGAGCAUAAAGAAGCCUGGAGCAUGGGCUCGAGGCCUGACUGUACCAGGCCAGUGGGAGGGGAAAGAUUUCUUCCUAGUAAAGGGGGAAUAGUGCAGAAGGGUGGAAGAGAGUUCUUGAGAAUGCUGGACAGUUUGCUAAGGAGGGAACUAAAGUCAGUCGAAUGACCUUUUCCAGGCUUAGAUCAGCCUUUCCACAGCUCCUGUAGCAGCAUCUGCCCCAAUUUCAGCUGAAGACUGAGGGUCCCCAGGGACUGGAAGAAAUCACAGUGCCUGCUUGGAAAGAAGAAGAGGUCUCAGUUUAAAAUGUGUCUUCCUGUUAUGGUUCCGAUAUGAGGUGUCCCCCCAAAUCUCUUGUUAAUGCAGGAAUAUUCAGAGCUCCGGAGUUGGGCUGCUCACAAACCAAGCUGUCUGUUUAUAUGGAGUGCCUGGAGGGCGUCUGCCAUGAGUCUGUCACUAACAGCAAUAACCAGGAGAGCUGGCUGGUUGGGGAGAAGACACUAACCCUGAGCCUUGCACGUGCUAGGUGAGCGCUCUACCACUGAGCCACAACCCCAGCCCUCCAGAUUUUGACAACCAAAAGUGUCUCCAGAUAUUUGCCAGAUGUCCUCAGGGGAAGAAGGAGCUCUUGGCUAGAGGAAGUGGAGGGGUUGUGGGAUGCAGAGAACCGAGGGCUAACUCUUGGACAGCAGAACGGAGAGAGCUGCUGACGAAUAGACGUUUUUCGGCGGACACCACAUCUUUUUUUGAAUGUGGUGCUGAGGAUCGAACCCGGGCCGCACGCAUGCCAGGCGAGCACGCUAUCGCUUGAGCCACAUCCCCAGCCCCAAAAAAAGUGGAGGAGCCCACACCUCCCAGAAUGACCAGUGCAGCCCCUGCCAAGAAACCCUACCGUAAGGCACCGCCGGAGCAUCGGGAGCUGCGGCUGGAAAUUCCUGGGUCCCGACUGGAACAGGAGGAGCCCCUGACUGAUGCAGAGAGAAUGAAGCUUUUGCAGCAAGAGAAUGAAGAGCUUCGUCGGCGUCUGGCCUCUGCCACCAGACGCACUGAAGCCCUGGAGCGUGAGCUGGAAAUUGGGCAAGACUGCCUGGAGCUGGAGCUAGGCCAGAGCCGCGAAGAGCUGGACAAGUUUAAGGACAAAUUCCGCAGGCUGCAGAACAGUUAUACGGCUUCCCAGCGGACCAACCAGGAGCUGGAGGACAAGUUGCAUACACUGGCCUCUCUUAGCCACAGCUGGAUUUUUGCAAUUAAGAAGGCUGAGAUGGAUAGGAAGACACUCGACUGGGAGAUCGUGGAGCUGACCAACAAGCUGCUGGAUGCCAAGAACACCAUCAACAAGCUAGAGGAGCUCAAUGAACGGUACCGGCUGGACUGCAACCUGGCUGUGCAGCUCCUCAAGUGCAACAAGUCGCACUUCCGUAACCACAAGUUCGCCGAUCUGCCUUGUGAGCUACAGGACAUGGUUCGGAAACAUCUGCACAGUGGUCAAGAGGCUUCCAGCCCAGGCCCUGCUCCUAGCCUGGCCCCAGGAGCUGUGGUGCCUACUUCAGUCAUUGCCCGGGUGUUGGAGAAGCCAGAGUCUUUACUGCUCAAUUCAGCACAGUCAGGCAGUACUGGGCACCCCUUGGCUGAGGAUGUCUUUGUGCAUGUGGACAUGAGUGGGGGUGCUCCUGGUGACCCAGCUAGUCCUCCAGCCCCUGGCAGUCCCACCCUGCAACCCAAUGGAGAAUGCCAUUCUCUGGGUACUACAGGAGGCUCCCCAGAGGAAGAGCUACCCUUGCCAGCCAUUGAGAAGCUGAGUCCAUACCCCACCCCAUCUCCACCACACCCACUGUAUCCUGGCCGCAAGGUAAUAGAGUUCUCUGAAGAUAAGGUUCGGAUCCCUCGUAACAGUCCCCUGCCCAACUGCACUUAUGCUACCCGCCAGGCCAUCUCCCUGAGUCUGGUGGAGGAGGGGAGUGAACGGGCCCGCCCUAGCCCUCUACCCAGCAGCCCUGUCUCGGCCCAGGCCUCACCCCACCACCAACCCAACCCAGCACCCCCAACACUCAGCACCCCUGCCAGCUCAGCCAGCUCUGAAGAGGACCUGCUAGCCAGCUGGCAGCGUGCAUUUGUGGACCGCACUCCACCACCUGCUGCUGUGGUCCAGCGCACAGCCUUUGGGCGCGAUGCACUCCCUGAACUGCAGCGCCAUUUUGCCCUUAACCCUGCUGACAGAGAUGAGGUGGUUCCAGCACCUUCUUCCCUACCUGAUGAGAGUGGGCUUUUGCUGCCAACAGAACCUGACUCUGGUUUUCCCAGGGAGGAGGAGGAAGAAGAGUUGAACCUGCCCAUCAGCCCUGAAGAAGAGCGUCAGAGCCUGCUGCCUGGUGGUAGGGGGACAGAAGGGCCUGGCACUUACCAUACUGAGGGCAGGGCCUGGCCUCUCACCAGCUCUAGCCGCCCACAGCGCAGUCCCAAGAGGAUGGGGGUGCACCAUCUUCACCGCAAAGACAGCCUGACCCAGGCCCAAGAGCAGGGCACCCUGCUCAGCUAGGCCCACUUGCUUUCCUGCUGAUGUCGCACUGGGCCUGCAGAAGGCCUAGGCGCUUGAGCUCUUCCUUCCCACACCUGCACAGCUCUGUUCCUUGUGUGAAAGAGAGGCCACACUAGGCCUUUCAGCUGCAUUGACACUGGCACCAGCUUGCCUCAUUCAUGAUUUUUUUUUCCUUUUCUUGGAAUGUUUAUUUUCCAAAGGUAACAUGCAAUUGGGUCUCAAGUGCUGUCCUCCAGUCAACCAGCUCAAAUUGGGCUGUUCUGGGGAGCCCAGGGGCUCGAUCAUCAGUGUUCAUCUUCCAUCCUCCUUUUAUAUUCAUGAGCUUUGGUUGUUUUGGGGGGUAUUACUGGGGUUAUUAACCUCUUAAUUUCUGAUUCUCACCAGUUUUUCUCUGCACAAGCUGCUGCCCUCAAGGGGCCUGGCUCAGCUGGGCCCAGGGAUGAGGGAGCAACUGACUCAGGGCUCCCCUCAGAUGUUUCCUCCCUCCCUCUGGAAGGGAGUGUGGGCUUUAGGGGCCUCAAAGUGGGUUCUGGGUUAGGCCUGGCCCCAUUCUUAACCUUGGCUCUAGACUGUUACUCCCAAUUUGGGGAAAUUUCACAUUGAUGACUAUUUUAAAAGCAAAUAAAAUUAUUUUACUGGUA